CUGUUUAGUUCGAAUAAAGUUAUUCGACUGGAGUUUACUGACUGCGUGAGCACACCGCUACAACGUGUUUUUAUCGCUAUUAAUAUACGUCACCACUGCCAAUACCUGACACCCGCCAGUGCGCGAUUUCUUUAAUUUUUCGAUCCAAGGUAAGCCAACUAUGGAGAAUUCUAAAAAAAGAAAAGUGACUGAAGAAAACAGAACGUUUAAUGAUACGUGGACAGAUUCAUUUGCUUUCACUGUUGACGAGACUGGUUUACCGGUAUGCUUAAUAUGCAAUGAGAAACUAGCAAACAACAAAAAGUCAAAUGUCGCAAGGCAUUUCCAGAAUAAACAUGCAGCCUUUGCUCAAAAAUAUCCGGAUGGAGAUGAGAGAAAAAAAGCCGUUUCGGAACUGAUGCGGAAGGUUGAUCUGAGCAAAAAUCAUUUCCAGAAAUGGAUGAAGUCUGGAAAAUCAACGACAUACGCUAGUUAUAUUGCCGCUCAGGAAAUAGUCAGGCACUGGAAGCAGUUUACAGAUGGUGAAUAUAUAAAAGAAUCUUUCAUUAAGAUUUCAGAACAUCUAUUCACGGACUUUAAAAACAAGAGUGAAAUUGUGCAGAAAAUCAGGGAUAUGCCCCUCUCUGCAAAGACUGUCAAAGACAGAACCAUAAAAAUGGCAGAAGACAUCACAAGACAGCAAAUUAAAGACAUCAAUUCAGCUGUGGCCUACUCGAUUGCCUGUGACGAGUCUAAAGACAAAGGUGAUAUUGAACAAAUAGCGUUGUUCUGCCGGUAUGUAAACUCUGCCGGGCCACAGGAAGAACUGAUUGAGUUGAUACCUCUAAAAGACCAAACACGGGGGGAGGACAUCUGUGAGGCUGUCUUGAAUUGUUUAAGAGCCAAAGGAAUAAAGACCACCCAUCUGGUGUCAGUAGCUACUGAUGGGGCACCGAAUAUGACGGGAACGCACAAGGGAUUUGUGGCUUUACUGCAGAAGUCGCUGGACAGAAAGCUGCUGACUUUUCACUGCAUCUUGCACCAAGAAGCACUGUGCGCUCAAACAUUUCCUCCGGAAUGCACAGAAGUAAUGGAUGUUGUCAUUCAGAUUGUCAAUAAAAUAAUGGCAAAAAGUUUAAAUCACCGUCAAUUCCGUUUGUUACUGGACGAGCUGGAAAGCGCAUAUUCUGAUCUCCUGCUGCACAACAAAGUCCGGUGGCUGUCCAAAGGGGAGGUGCUGAAACGCUUUGUCGCGUGUCUGGAAGAAGUGAAAACUUUCCUGGGCAGCAAAGGGCUCAACUUUCCUGAGCUGGAACAGCCAGAGUGGCUGGAAAAGCUACACUUCAUGGUAGACAUGACAGCGCACCUGAACACGCUGAACACAGCUCUUCAACGGGGUUGACAACUGGCUGACGUUAUUUUUGGUUUGCUGCUGGCGGCAAAUUUAAGUUUGGCGUUUUUCAUAAAUACAAGAAG